AGACCCUAAACAUAACCCCUAAACUAAAUUAACUAAUAAACACUUCAUAAUUAACUAAUUAAAAACGAUCAUAGCGACGGCGAUGGCGACAGCUUUUUAGGGUUUCAUGUUCUUUCGACGAUGGGAUCCUGGUUCUCAAGGGCUAAAACGGAAUCAAUCAGAUCUCUAUCAUGAUGAUAAGAUCAGAAGGAUUUGUAGGCGGAAAGGAAUUUCGGAAACAGGGGUUAUUUUGGUUUUGCGAAGGAUUUUGUGGGUCGGAGAAAAGAUUGGGAUUGAAGGGAGCGUGUCAUCAUUAGGAUCUUCAAAAUGGAUGUGGAAUCCAGAAGAUCAAUCACAAGAUUAUCAAGGCUUAUAUUGGUGUUUGGUCAUAUGUUGGAGACGAAGUGGGAGGAUUGGAAUUGGUUACAGAGAAGAGAUACAGAUAUGGAAAAGACUAGGAGGUGUUUUUUAAAGGGGAUACAUGUCGAUGUUAGAGUAGUUCCAAGAAUGGCAGUGGAAUCUUAUUUACUCUUCUCCAUAAUUUUCUUAUCAUGGGUGAAACGUGUACUAGCUACGUUUGUGGCUUUUUUGGAUAAAGGAAACAGAUUCAGUGAUGGAAAAAGGAUAAUUAUUGGCUCUGAGAUUGUGCUAAUAAAUGGGUACAAGUGUAUUAUAGUCUCUUCAGGUCUUCAGGUUUCUUCAGUAGCUACGUACUGGGGUUUAUUGCUAUUGUGUAUGAAGGGAGAAAGGAUAAUUAUUGGAAACAUAACAAAAUUUCUGGAACUCUUUCUUCACGAAGAGUGGUGGUGUGAGAUUUUGUUGGGUAUUGGUGAUUUUAUGUUUGGGUUUACAGUAGUUGCUAUGAACAUAUUUUUAUGUUCUUUUGGUACGGGUUCUUGUUGUCAUAGUAGUCUAUUGAUUAAUGUAUGUACUGUUGGCUUGAUUAUGAUUGGGAAUAAAAUUGAUUCACCUGGAUCUUACUCUGGUUACAUUAUGGAUCUUUCACGAUUAUACAAUCAGUGGUUCAGUGUCAUCAUUAGGACCUUCGGAAUGGAUGUGGAAUCCAGAGGAUCAAUCACAAGACUAUCAAGACUUUGUGGGAAAACUGGAAAUAGGUGUUUCGACUGGAGUUCAUUGAGCCGCUGGAUCGAAUUUUCUGGCCUACUUACAGCGCUGCAAACUCUUGACUUGGUCUCAUCAAAUCAGUUGCAGAGAGGAGAUACAUAUAUGGAAAAGACUACGAGGCGUUUUUCAAAGGGAAUGCAGGUUGAUGAUCAAGUAGUUACAAGAGUGGAAGUGGAAUUUUAUUUAGUUUUCUCUACAAUUUUAUUAUCAGGGGAGAAAUCUAAACUUGCUAUGCUUGUGGUUUUUUUGAGAGAGGAACCAGUUUCAGAGAUGGGGAAAAAGUUAUCAUGA